AUGAUUAAUUGUUUAAUGGACAAUAAUAAUAACAAUACAAAUUAUGAAAAUAGUAUCAACAACGACCAAGUAUUACAAUACAAUUUCGGAAAGCAACACUUUUUCAUUGGAGGAAGUAUAGGAACGGGUAAAACCACAUUAGUCAAUUUAAUACUCGAAUAUAUGGAUUUUUAUUCACACACUGUCGUUAUUAAAGAAUUUAUCAAUUACGAUAAAGGAGGCGAAAUCAAGUUGCAUCAUUUACAUAAUCGACUUAUUAGCAAUUACGAGUUUCAACAAUACGUCCUCGAUUGUUACGAAAAACAAUUAAAUUCCGAAUUAUACGAAGAAGCGGAUUUUGUUUUAUGGGUCAGACACCCAAUUGAAUCACUAGAAAUAUUUUGUAAAAACAACGAUUCACUGUCAGUCAAAGAAAGAAGCCAACUCGAUUUAAGAAUGAAACAAAUGUGCAGAAGGUACAGCAUACCAAACAUCAGAGAUAAAAGCGUCGCGGUGUUAAACGUAGAUACAUCAAGAUUGUCAAUUGAAAUAAUACAAGAAGCAAUUAUUAAUACUUAUAUACAUCCAGCCAUGUUAGGAAUUAUGGAAAGAGAUUUAUACGUAUUCUUGUUCUGCGGAGAUACAGACACUCAAUUUAAAAGAAUCAAGAAGAGGGGAAGAACAGUAGAAUUAGAACAAUAUAAAAAGAAGGAAGAUCUGUUUAGCUUAAACGACGUAUAUUAUAUGUUUUAUUCGAAUAUAAUAGAAGAAAAACUGAAACAGUCUAAUUAA